ACUGGGGGGAAAAAAGUACAUUUGCAUUAUGGGAAGUAGUGUUCUCUUCUAAUGGACAAGUCGUUAGAGAACAGAAAAGACGCGGGAUAAAAUAACAUCGGUUCCCAGAAUGCAAUACCUUCAAGUCAAAUAGAUGUUUAUGGCGCAAACGAAGGGUUAACCCAGACACGUCAUAGGGGCUAUAAAGCUGAAGCGUCCGUUCACAACGUUUUCUCAACACCAAAUAUGGUAGUGAGAGGAAGUUCAGUCACGGGUAGUGAGAGAGGAUGGAACUAGGUAAAACUGGGCCGACAUUCAGGAAGAACCGCGUUACAGAAUCACCCACCACUACAGGACCAAGCGGUGUGGUGACAGGCAGCGGCAGCAGGAGCAGCGCAAGGAGGACUGGACAUGGGAGGAUGAGUUGGACGGUAAAGGACCCUGGGCACAGCCAGGAGAAUAUCGCCACCCCAAAGAAGAGCUGGAGGCGGAGAGGCGCUGGUAUGAGGAGGCAGCACGGCGGCGUGGAUGGAAGCCCGAGAGUGAGCCCGAAAAAUGUAUUGGGGGGUGGCACACAGGAAGUGUGGCGAAGCCAGGUAGGAGACCUGCACCAACUUCCUGUGCUUACCGGGGGGCUAGAGAGACCGGGCAGGCACCAUGUUAUGCUGUGAAGCGCACGGUGUCCCCAGUGCGGGUGCAUAGCCCGGUGCGGAACAUACCAGCUCCGCGUAUCGGCCGGGCUAGAGUGGGCAUCGAGCCAAGUGCCAUGAAGCCGGCUCUACGCAUCUGGUCUCCAGUGCGUCUCCUUGGGCCGGCUUACAUUGCACCAGCCUUGCGCAUGGUGUCCCCGGUUCGCCUGCAUAGCCCAGUGCGGGCUAUUCCACCUCGCCGCACUGGCAGGGCGACCGGGAGCAUUCAACCAGGUAAGGUUGGGCAGGCUCGGUGCUCAAGAACUCUAGUGCGCCUGCACGGUCCGGUCUAUCCGGUACCACCUCCACGCACCAGCCCUCCAGUGGCAGCCCCCCGCACCAGGCUGUCUCUCCGUCUCAUCCCUACAGGUGCUCCCGCCUGUCCAGUGCUGCCGGAGCCUUCCUUCUCUCCAGCGCUGCCGGAGUCUCCCGCUGGUCCAGCCCUGCUGGAGUCUCCCGCCUGUCCAGUGCUGCCAGAGCUUUCCUCCUCUCCAGCGCUGCCGGAGUCUCCAGUCUGCCCAGCGCCGCCUGAGCUACCUGUCUGCCCAGCGCCAUCAGAGCCGCCAGUCUGCAAGGAGCUGCCAGUCUGCAAGGAGCCGCCAGUCUGCAAGGAGCCGCCAGUCUGCAAGGUGCCGCCAGUCUACAAGGAGCCACCAGUCUGCAAGGAUCCGCCAGUCUGCAAGGAGCCACCAGUCUGCAAGGAGCCGCCAGUGCCGCCAGUCUGCAAGGAGCCGCCAGUGCCGCCAGUCUGCAAGGAGCCGCCAGUGCCGCCAGUCUGCAAGGAGCCGCCAGUGCCGCCAGUCUGCAAGGUGCCGCCAGUCUGCAAGGAGCCGCCAGUGCCGCCAGUCUGCAAGGAGCCGCCAGUGCCGCCAGUCUGCAAGGAGCCGCCAGUGCCGCCAGUCUGCAAGGAGCCGCCAGUGCCGCCAGUCUGCAAGGAGCCGCCAGUCUGCAAGGAGCCGCCAGUGCCGCCAGUCUGCAAGGAGCCGCCAGUGCCGCCAGUCUGCAAGGAGCCGCCAGUGCCGCCAGUCUGCAAGGAGCCGCCAGUGCCGCCAGUCUGCAAGGAGCCGCCAGUGCCGCCAGUCUGCAAGGAGCCGCCAGUGCCGCCAGUCUGCAAGGUGCCGCCAGUCUGCAAGGAGCCGCCAGUGCCGCCAGUCUGCAAGGAGCCGCCAGUGCCGCCAGUCUGCAAGGAGUUGCCAGUGCCGCCAGUCCGCAAGGGGCCGCCAGUCCGCAAGGGACCGCCAGUGCCGCCAGUCCGCAAGGAGCCGCCAGUCCGCAAGGAGCCGCCAGUCCACAAGGAGCCGCCAGUCCGCAAGGUGCCUCCAGUCCGCAAGGAGCCGCCAGUGCCGCCAGUCCGCAAGGAGCCGCCAGUCCGCAAGGAGCCGCCAGUACCACCGAUCCGCCAGAGCCACCAGUCUGCCAGGAUCCGCCAAAGCCGUCAGCCAGUACGGAGCUGCCCCUCUGUCCCGAGCUGCCCCUCUGUCCCGAGCUGCCCCUCUGUCCCGAGCUGCCCCUCUGUCCCGAGCUGCCCCUCUGUCCCGAGCUGCCCCUCUGUCCCGAGCUGCCCCUCUGUCCCGAGCUGCCCCUCAGUCCAGUGGGGUCAUUUAGAAGGGUCGCCGUGGUUAGGAGGCCACGGAAGCGGACAAUUGGGCGGACUAAGACUAUGGUGAAGUGGGGGCCACGUCCAGCACCAGAGCCGCCACCGCGGACAGAUGCCCACCCAGACCCUCCCCAAUAGGUUCAGGUUUUGCGGCCGGAGUCCGCAC